AUGAUACUUGAAACUUUCAACGACGAAGCAUUAGCAAGGGUAAGUGUUUUUUGCUGGCAUAAAGCUUUUAAGGAAAGCAGGCAAAAUGUGGAACAUAGUGAACGUAAGAGACAACCUUCAACGUCUGUCACAGAGACAAUGAUUAACACAGUUGCGGUUAUCAUCAAGGAAGACCGCAGAAUCACAGUACGUCAGCUGCAUGCUCUCUUGAAUAUUUGUGUAGGAAGUGUUCACUCAGUCAUGGCAGAACAUUUGCAACUGAAACGUGUUUGCGCGCGAUGGAUUCCGAAAUUGUUGACAUCUGAGCAAAUGCAGCAUAGAAUGGAUGUGUGCACAGAAUGGAAAAAAGGACUGGAACAAGAAGCCGACAAUUUUUUAAAACGUAUCAUCACAGCAGACGAAGCUUGGUUGUAUCACUAUGAAACAACAAAGUAG